GGCUCCCUGGCACCCUCCUGUCUCCCCUGGCCGUAGCAGCCUGGCAUUGUGCCUACAUUUGCUAAUCAGUGCAUGGGGGAAGCAAUGACAAGGAGGGGGGAGUCAAAUCCAGCCCCCACCGAAAUCCUCAAAUAACAGAUCAGGACAUCAUCAUGAAGAGGUGGAGCAGUAGCAGCCAUACUAAUAGCAGACAGCCCUGACUCAGACAGACUGGAGGGAGAAAGCAUGGCUGGGGAUAGCGAGCAGGCAUUGCCCAAUCACGCACCCCACAACGGGCAACCCUUCCUGAUCGGGGUCAGCGGUGGAACAGCCAGCGGCAAAGUGAGUGCCAGCUCUUUAAAUGGGGCCCCUGGCACUUUUUACCAGGAGCCGGGGGUGGUGGCUCUGCUUUGUCUGACCGCAUGGUGAAAAUGCAGGGACGUGAGGCAUGUGCCCACCUUAGGGCCAUGCUGGGUCUUGCAGUAAAGAGGGUGCGCUGGAUUAUUUGUGUCCAGGGGUCGUUGUUACUAUUCUACGACUUCCAGGGGAGGUGAACGCGUGGCUCUUUUGACGCUCCGUCUCCUGCCAUGUGGUGUCCACGUUACUGCUGCCAGCAUGCACUGCCUGUACCUGUCCUACACAUACCCCAUCGGUGUCACUUCAUUAAAAUGUGCCCCCCUCCUCAUACUGACAGUAUAUUUUACACGCUUGCAAUGAUUUCGUGGUUUUUUUUUUUUUUUAUACGUACAUUUUCCAUAUACACCAUCCCUUUAAAAGUGGGAGGGCUAACUCGGCUAGACAUGGGGUAUGACCAAGGGGGCUUUCCAGUACCUUUCUAAUGUGGUAAUAUUUAGUGAUUAAUAUUAAUAAGAACAACGGUAGACUAAAGUAUGUUCUUGGUGAUGAUAUAGUUAGAAAAAAAGGCUUGAGAAAUGGCUCUAGAAUGCAUACCUUCGAACAAUAGAGAGUAGCUCUGCAUUGUAUUGAAGGUGGGAAUUGGCGAUAUUCUAUGGAACAAUGAAUGCCUGGUGGGAGACAUUCAUCCACUAUAAAAUGUUGGGGUGUAUAAUACAGUGAUGACACAUCCAAUCUUAUAUGGAACAGAGUGUUGUUAAGAGUGAAACACAAUCCCACAUCAUUUGUAUCAUAAAGAAUAUAUGAAUUAAAUAUACCUUACACAAUAGUUAAAAAUGAGUUUUGCGAAGGUUUUGUGGUGGUUUUUAUUUAAUUUUUUGUUAGUGUAAAACAUAUUUACAAUUUGGAAAUGAUUCCCAUGUUACUGAAGAGUCCCCAUUCACUUUUAAUCUGACCCUUUUUCUUAACUGUUUUUUUUUUUUUUUUUAAUAUUCACCCUGUGGUAUUAAAUUGAAGUACAGAACGACAUGGCUGUAAAAACUAGGCUUACCGCACAAGGUAGGCCACCCUUGACAACACCAGGUUUUCCAUAAUCUGGAGCUAAUGCCAGCAUGUCUGUAUAUUUUAAUUUCAUCAUGUUAACGUGUGUUCUUGCUGCUGUAUCCGGUAUAACUAGGUACGUUUGGUUAACUCAUUCGAUUCAGGAUUGGCAAUGAAUAAGACCUCUAUAUUUUACCAUUCCUGGUUUUUAAAAGAUUGGAUUGUGCUACCGACAACCUCAAGAUUAUGAUAUGACUGUGAUCAUAAUAAAUAAAUUAAAUAAAUAAAUAUAUAUUAUUAUUAUUAAUUUUUUUUUUUUUUUUUUAAUGUCCAAUUCACUUUAUCUUCUUCCCCCCCCCCAUCCCCCUUCAUAAUAAGAUCAAGAGUUGAUGGGGCUAGGGGAUUAAACUUCUUAACACAUAAUAUAUGCUGUUGUUCCUAGAAGCCCCCAUGGCAGGAGAAAAUGCCUGUUGUCUACUGUAGUCCGUUGGAUGGGAAGUAUGCCCAUCCCGGCCUACUAACAUGCAGUGUUCCAAUGCUGACUAAUAUUAAUCUGACGCCCAGAAGAAUGUCCUCACCAUAAUGUGUCUGUGUCAUUUUUGAGUCCUUGCCACCUUUUUAAACUGAUGUCACUGCAUUGGAAGCUUGGGUAUUCCAUAUUGCCACGGCUCACUUUAAUUAUAAAAUAAAAUGCUACAGCGUCUUGGCGUUCGGUUAUUGAGUGAGUGGCUUUUAAAAGCCAUUCAUUUUGUGUGUGUGUGUGUGUGAUAGAUAUAUAUAUAUAUAUAUAUAUUCUCUAAUCUAUUUUUUAUUUUUAUUUUUUUUUUUAUAAUUCUGUAGUUUGUGCACCUGCUGCUGUUGAAAUAUUCUAAAUGGUAGAUCUUGCAGCUGUUUGGAAUGUACAAAUACCUUGAUACCAUAGCAGUGCAUCAUGUGAUUUGUAGUUCUACAACAGAUGGGUAUCUGCCACUUACACAUUCAUUUGUGUCUUUUUUUUUUUUUCUCCUAUGUCUAAAUAUGUGGAACAUUGAAUAGCUGUCAUUGUGCUCGUAACCAAAAUCCGUCAUCUUAAAGCUCAAACACCUGCUUCUGUUUUCAUGUUAGAUUGCUAAGCAAGAUUUCCCCUUGUUACGUUACAAUGAUGCAGCCAUCUAAAGAAAUAGGUCAAGUUGUUGGUGUUGGGUUUUUUUUUUUUUUUUUUUUCCUCCUCCUUUCCCCUGCUCCUCCCUUUGUGUAGCCACAGACAAAGGACUUGACUGAAACAAGUCUAAGCUCUCGGCUGCUAUGACAGAAAUGAUUAAUUAUAAUUCUGAUAUUUCUAUGAUUAAAACACUCCAAAGAGUUGCUGAUGUACUUUGUGCCUAAUGCCUGUCCCCUUUUAUCAUAAUGUUAGAAAAGUGCUGAAUUCAAGACAAAUAAUUUUUUUUUAUAUGUGUUUUUAUAAAGUGAAGAAAUUUCACCGAUUUGCAGUUUGUAAGCAAAACCUGAAGGUAAUGAAUUUUAGGGCCUACAGGGUAAUGUGGCAAAGAGAGCUUUAAAGUAUACUCAGUGGUUUGCUUUAAUUUGUGAGGAUUUAGAAUAGAGAUUAAAUUGGCUUGACAUAUGCUUGUUUGUUUGUUGGUGGUACCUGCUACAAAAUGGCCUACUUUACUGUUAACCAAUUAGGCUGUACUGUCAUAACAAUCUGAUCCUUACAUACUCUGUUGUGAUAUCAGAUUAUUCCCUUGUCCUUAUCCGGAAAUCUGUAGUAUUUCGAAUUCUAAGUGAGAUAUGUUCUAUGCUUCUGCAGAACUCUUAAGGCCCAAAUUGAGAUGACAGUGGCUCUUUGGCAAUGGAUAUCUUACUGAUGGAGUCUUCUGAGCAAUAAAAAAAAUCAAAAUAAUGCACAGAUGCCACAAAUCCCUAUUUUCUCACUUAUGUAUAGGCCAAAUCACUCAUUAUAACAUUGAGGUCCAUUCUCUUCAUUUUUAUUAUUUUGGGUAUUUGGUAAUAUAUGUAAAACUCUCUAGAUAAUUGUUUGCAAGAAAUGUAGCAUAUUCUUGGGCAGUUUAAGGCUUGACCGUUUAGUUGACUAGCCUGACACUAUACAGUAUAGAGUUGGACCAUCUAUAUCUAGAAUGUAUCUAAUGAAUAAUGUAACAACUAGUAUUUAUUAUCUAACUAGCUAAUUAUAACUAAACAUUUUUGAAGUUAAAACCGAUAUCUGUAGCAAAUGUAGAUGCUUCUUAGAUCUCCCCUUUAUAAAUGCAUCAGGAGAUGCCAAAGUAAUCUAUGGUGCCAGUGAGGACCUUUUCUAAUCUGCCGUUGGGUAUGAUUCCUUCUCUAAUUCUUUAGAAUUUUAUUUUUGACUCAAAUGAAAUUUUUACUCUGCAGAGCCAGGAGGUAGGCAUAACAGCCACAGAAAGUUGUAGUGACAGCUAGCAUGCUGGGUGGGGAAGAGCCAUAAGGGGAGUAUUUAUACUGGCCAUCUUAUGAAGUGGCCAUUUUAACUGAACCUAAACUUACCUGUCAGUUGUCCCUCCCUCCCACCCUCCCUGAAAUUUGGUGAGGUUAGAUGAUUUUCCAGUUUUUUUCACGGCGGCAGGGAAUGGGCAGGUUAAAUCGGCGGUAGAUGGAGGAAAAAGUGGGCAUCCUGAUGUUUAGUGUGGAUUAGGCAGUGUUACACGUGGUUGGUAGGUUUGAGCCCGUCGGUGGCUCCGUACCUGGGGGUGUAGCAGUGUCUGGGUAACCCUACACUGGAACGUGGGAAUAGUGGUGUCUUGGUACACCCCUACAAUCGAUAUGGUGGGUAGCGAUGUCUCGGUACACCCCUACAAUUUAUCUGGUGGGAAAUGUGGUCAUAUUGCACUGCCAGUUUCAGUGUUAACUUGUUAUUAUUGUGGGGUCAUUGCUAGAGGUAUGUUAUGUAUAUGGGGGGAUGUUGAUUUUAAUAAGAUUUGUUGGCAAUGACCCCAUUUGUUAUUCCUUAAUUAUUUAAUCUAAUAAUUAAGAAAGCUGUGGACUAAUAUUUCCAACAGUAUAACCUGUGUCCGUGUCUUAAUGGGGGUUUGGGUAAGGUUAGCGCAUAUGCCGGCAAAUCCGACUGUGCCCCUGUCUUGUUUCCAAGUAAUAUUUUGGAGUUUAGAUUUUUCCACACUCGCUGUCAAGGAAGACAGGAUCGCCAGUAGUGACUGCUGCGGGAGGUUGUCCUGUCCUUUCUCUACUUCUUGUACAUGGCUUUCUUUAAUAGGAAUUCUUUAGCAUACUGUAUAUUUGGUGUGACUUUUGGCCCCUUCUCUAGGGAAAAGCAUUACUAGAGUAGCCUUCAGUCUGAAGUGUCCUUAUUUGAACCCCUCUGCACGGUUAGCCGACAAGCUACUGUGCAGGAAUCUGUCACUUGUAUGUGUCAGUGGAGAGCUUAAGGAGCAGAGUCUAGAGUCCCUGUAUGAUUUCCUGGAAGUUUUGCACUGGUUCUUUAUGAUUUGCAAAUCUAGUUAAUUAGCAAAUUAUAACUUAUCUGGUUAUUACUCUAGUUCAGUGGUUCCCAACCUUUUUUCACUUCUGUAUCCCUUGGCAGCUUAUUUCUAUAAAUUGUAUCCCACAUAUUAGAAAAUGUUUGUUAAUUAACAUAGCUGCUCUUCUAUUACAUCCUAUGGCUUUGUUGUUGUUGUUGUUGUUGUUUUUUUGUUCCGUGCUCCUUCUCCUUCCCCACGUGACAGGCUGUUGUGGCCGACUCAAGUCCCAACAUCAAUUGGCCAAGUAGUGUGCGAUGGUGGUGGACAUGAUUAUUUAUUUGCAGUGGUUUGCAAUUUCAUUAACUUUAAGGCAAAUAGAGAGGAUCCUUCUGUGCACUGUUAGCCUUAAAAUAAAUCUGGGCCCUAGCAGACAGUUCAGUUGACGGCAGUACUGGGUUGGAAUCCUCCUUCAGGGGUGAAUCUUUACUUUUGUGGUGCUCAAUUUGCACAUAGUUGCAUAGCAAUGCCAACGAGGAUUGCAGCUAUUGUCUGCAAACAUAAGUCCAAUUAAUAAAUCGCCAAUAACAUGGCAAUGCCAACUCCAUUAUUUUAAAGGGACACUACAGUCACCAGAAAUACAACUUAAUAUAGUUGUAUUUAGUUCUUUCUAAGAGCUUUAUAAAAAUAUGCAUCCCUUUUGCAGUCAGGUAGUGAGAUUUGUUUCAAAGUGUUCAAAUCUUUUUGCUCCAAGUCUGACUCAAAAAUCCUGCUUAAAUCGACACUAUAGUCACCAGAACAACUACAGCUUAUUGAAUUUGUUCUGUUGAGUAGAAUCAUUCCCUGCAGGCUUUUUGCCGUAAACGCUGUACUUUCAGAGAAAAGGCAGAGUUUACAUUACAGCCUAGGGACACCUUCAGUGGCCUUUCUUUAGAUGGCCACUAGAGGUGCUUCUUGGGGCACUGCUGCAAUUUGUGCAGCAACUGACAUUCAGUGUUUCCAUGCUCUACAUGGGGACACUGAACUUUCAUCAGAGUUGCAUUGAUUUACUUGCUGUAUUUGAUUCCGUGCUCCAAAAUUCUAUAGGUUUUUGCAAAAAAAUAAAUGUUUCAGAAUUCUGCACUAUAUACUUGCCUCCUUAGCCAUACUCUUAACAAAAAAUACUUCCUAAUCAUUUUUUUUUUUUUUUUUUACACAAUCUUUUUAUAUACAUUUUAAACUACAAUUGCUACCAUAAGACUAAAGUCAGCCUUUGUUUCCUGUUCUGCUUUUGUUAAUCUGCAUUAUUUGAUAUCGUACUGAUCAAUUUCAGACUACAGUAAGUUUCUUAGAGAGGCAAAUUGGAUUCUUUUGGAGAGACAAUGGAUUCUUAGACAAUUAUUUGCAAACACAUGCCCUCCUUUAUAUGUAGUAUUGCUGUAGGAGCGAGCUGUGGUGAUUGUUUGUGCAGACAGACCUUUUAUUACUUAGUGAGGAAGCAUUUUUUUUUUUUUUCUCUCCCUUAUUCAACUAAAAGUUGCUGUAGGAUUAUUUUGCUGCAGAUUGGUGUUGCAGCAAUCCAGAGAGUUAUGCAGUGUUAUUGCAUUUUCUCAUAUGUAGAAUGUAUUGCUAAAGAGAGAACCUGCAUUCUUUCAGCCUUUCCAAAAUGAGACCAAACCAACAAACCCAUAUCUAAAGAAAAAAAUAAAUAAAAAAAAAAAAAACUGGGCUGUGAGGGGAUUCGUGCACAAUUGAACUGUAAAAUAAGCAUCAUAUCACAAAUUAGAUUUAUCUGUAUAUGCACAGUGUGUUCCCAAUGCACAAGCAAAUUGGACCACCAAGGAGGAAGUAAAACUUAAUUUGUGAGAGGUUCCUCUUAGUUGACGUUUACUAUUUAAAUGGAUACUCUGAGCAUUAUUUUAGGGCCUAGAUGCAUAGGUGCCAACAGUCCCAAUUUUUCUGGGGCAGUCCUGCAUUUUUAAAAUCUAUCUGCAGAUGUCAAAAUGUAGGAGGGAACUGUGCACAAGGACCAUGCUCAGAGUGCUUUAGCAUUGCUCCGUGCAUGGUCUGCUGAAGGGAACAAGCUGUCAGUUAUCCUGGCCACCCUCUCUAGGGGCAAACAUACCAACUUUGCUUGGCAUGCCUCUUUGGCAGGCAGACCCGCCUCCAGCAAGCCCUGUGAAGCCCCUCUGUCUCAGGUUGAGGUCCUCAAAUGUUGGUAUGUCGAUGCUGCACCCACAGCCAUGUAAACUGUGUAAUUCCUGGGAAAUGGCAAUAUUUACACUUUGCUGGUUGCACGCCUUUACAGGUACUCAGACAUACACUAGGGCAGUGGAUCAUAAACCAGUCUUCAAGGCCGAGCAACAAUCCAGGAUUUACAUAUUUUUUCCCUUUUUGUUAUACAGUAAAGAUAUUGAGAACAUCGGGAUGUUACUGGAUCAUGAGGACUGGUUUUGGAAUCCCUUAUCUAGGGGCUAUAGACAAAAAUAUAGUGGUAUACUGACGCUGGAUCCUAUAUGUGCUUCUCUGUGAGAUGCAUUUUAUUGACCAAUAAGCAAAUGCUGCACAUGCACUGAAUGUCUGCUGUCCACCUCUCUGAGAAAAAUGUCUUUGAAAAUAAGUAAUCCGUUUAAAUAACGUCAGUGAGGACGGUGUUUUUGUGUUUUUUUAUUUUUUUAAACCUCAGUUCUCUACAAUAAAUGCAUGCAGCUAUAUUGAUAGAAGUGUUUAUAGCACCUUAUUGGAGUGCUGAUUCUCUCUAGAACAGUAAAGAAGUUAAAUAUAAUUUAGAACUUGUCCCACUUUGAAAAUAAAAAUGCAGUCAGUCCUGAAUUUAAUGAAGCAUUGUUACAGUUUGCUCCCAGUAGCUGCUUCACCUCCCCUGAUAUAAUCAUGCUUCUUGAGCUCUGUCCAAUCCAAUAUUUUGUCAGAGAAGCAUUGUAGAUCUUAUGUACAUAAACUGCAACUGCUGCACUUUGCCAGUCUGGAGGAAUAUCGAAUCCCCCCCCCCUUUUUUUUUUUUUUUUUAAAUUCUUCUUGGAUUGACUAUGUUCAGCAUCGUCAUGCUGUGUGUGUGUGUGUGUGUGUGUGUGAUAUUGCCAAAUGUGAAGACCUAGUCUUUUGGAGCCGUGCCCCUUUUAAAGAGGGCAAAUGAGUCUUGGUUCAACAAAAGCUUGGGAGAACUUUUAGCCACCCCUGAUCUGGCAGAUGUUGGUUUGGGACAAGUGAUUGUUUCAUGUUGUCAAAAUUCAAAACAGAAGAGCAACUGUCCGGAGUAUUGCGUAAGUAUAUCCGUAACACUUAAAGGUGGAUACAUUCUGAGAAAUGCCAUAUAGUACUUGGCUGUGUGCCUUCCUGUGACAUGCACUGUAGACAAACAGACUGUAUUGCACAAAAGUGAGGAAUACUGGACCCAGGGUUCCAUUUUAUAUAGUUUCAGGAAAAUCACAUCUUAGCUGAGCAUUAUUAAAAGAAUGGAAAGCCAUCUGAACAAGUGAUUUUUAGAGGGACGGUGAAGUCUAAAUAUCCUACGCCACUUGUUGCGUGACCUAGAGCAUCAUUUUUGAUCUGCAUAAAUACCAGUCCAUAUUUUGGCCCAAAAUCCAAUUGCCUGCUUUUCUAGAAGCUCCAAAUAUAUGAUCUUUGAAUGUAUUGUAGAAAGUAACUGCAAUAAAACUGCUUGUAAUGGUUUUUACAGUACAAUAAAGUUGUUAUUGACAUGAAUAAAAUGUCUUGUUCUUUCUCCCCUUCUCUCCCUCCCCCCCCCCAUGAAAUAACAUAAAUCCUUGUUUGAAAUGUCUCUUCCUUAUAAUUUGUUAAUCCCAGUGAUAACUGAUAUUUAAGUUAAAGCUUUUUUAAAAGUCUCCAUGUUUUAAACCGCACGAAGGAGUAUUCUCAAGACAAAACUGUUGCUAUACUAGAUGUGACAUGUUCAGAGACAUUCUGUUGGUUUCCAUGGAUUGCUCCUUAUUUAUCACUUUGUCCUAGAACAGCCCCUGGUUUUGCCUAGAUUAGUCUCUAAACCUACAUGCACAGCAUAAUCUAAAACUGGUGGAGUAGCAAACUAUUUAGGGGGGGCUUGCCAGCAUUUUAAGGUCUGGACUGCCCUUAUGGGCAGAAUCAAAUUGAUAUGUAAAUGGUAUAGGUUCUCUCUUUAAUAGCAAACUAAUUUGAACAGGGAUUUACCAAAGAGGAAGGUAUUGAGUUUCUCUAAGCUUUUGAUGCCUCACCUUUAGUAGCAGAGUUACAUAGUUACAUAGCUGAAAAGAGACUUGCGUCCAUCAAGUUCAGACUACCUCACAUUUGUUUUUUGCUGUUGAUCCAAAACAAGGCAAAAAAAACCAGUUUGAAGCACAAUUUUGCAACAAGCUAGGAAAAAAAUUCCUUCUUGAACCCAAAAUGGCAGUCAGAUUUAUCCUUGGCUCAAGCAGUUAUUACCCUACAUUGAAAGAUUAUAUCCUUGAAUAUUCUGUUCUUGCAAGUAUGCAUCUAGUAGCCGUUUGAACAUCUGUAUGGACUCUGAUAAAACCACUUCCUCAGGCAGAGAAUUCCACAUCCUGAUUGUUCUUACAGUAAAAAAACCUUUCCUUUGCCUUAGGCGAAAUCUUCUUUCUUCCAGUCUAAACGCAUGGCCUCGUGUCCUAUGUAAAGUCCGGUUUGUGAAUAGAUUUCCACACAAUGGUUUGUAUUGGCCCCGAAUAUAUUUGUAUAAUGUUAUCAUAUCCCCUCUCAGGCGACGUUUUUCUAAACUAAAUAGGUUUAAAUUUGUUAACCUUUCUUCAUAGCCAAUAUGUUCCAUUCCUUUUAUUAAUUUUGUAGCUCGCCUUUGCACUUUUUCUAGUGCCAAAUAUCCUUCUUUAGAACAGGUGCCCAAAAUUGCACAGCAUAUUCAAAAUGGGGUCUUACCAGUGAUUUAUAAAGUGGCAAAAUUAUAUUCUCAUCCCGAGAAUGAAUGCCCUUUUUCAUGCAUGACAAUACCUACUGGCCUUAGCCACUGCUGGUUAACAUUGCACAUUGUUGCAUAGUUUGUUGUCUAUAACAAUUCCCAAGUCCUUUUCAUAUGUUAUCCUUAAUUCACUAUCAAUACCCUGAAGUGCAUAACUUUAUAUUUUUCAACAUUAAACUUAAAUGCUCGACUUGUUUCGUCUAAAAGACUUUAUCAAGAGCCCUUAAAUAUUUUAGAUGAAACGUGUCGAGCGGAAGAAAGCUACAGAUAUCCCCAGAAAGACCUCUAUUUUACAGCCCUUUUCUGCCAGAUUUGUUCAUCUCUCCAUUUCAACGGACGAGAUUUACAGACAUUAGGAGAACUUGAUGCUGAACUUAAACACACAGGGACUUAGCCCAGCAGUACCUGAUGAGCUUUCCUGCACAAUCAGAAAUAUUUCUUUUUGUGUCACUACUUUUGUGAGUGUAUCCAUUGUAUUUUAUUUGUCUUUACUGUGUUAUUAAUUACUUCACUAUGUAUAUAUUUACUUUUGUUUCCAUACAUGUAUAAUUAAAAUAUACGUAUGGUAAUUAUGCUCACACGUUUGUGAUUUUGGCGCCCUCACUGGUAUAUGUUUUUAACUAUACUAUUUGUCUAAGUGCUGAUAUAAACGAAAGACUAAGUGAUUGAACGUAGCAAAGAAGUAUUUGAAACCGUAUAAAUGAAUAAGUGAAGAGUGGGUGAAAGACCAAUAUGCCAGGUGCACGAACCGUUCGGAUGUACGAAUGGUAUAGUUAAUUACUUGCAAGUGUAAUAGGAUUUUGUAUGGGUUAUACCGAAGGCAGGCAACAAAUAUUUUGCCAAAGUAACCAGUGAAUUAGACGAACAGAUAAGUGAAUAAGAAGGGAGCCUAUCCCCGCGUUUUUAGGCCCGAAUGUAGGAAUAACCAAAUGUUAUUCCCCACGUGUACGUGCCAGGUCUCGGAUAUGGAAGCAGAGUGAAGCAUUUGUAUAGAAGCUGGCGGAACGACCGGAGGUCGGGAAAGUGGACGCUGCAGAUUAGGAGAUUUGGCGGGUAUCUCAGACCAGAAGUGUUGGUUGCUAUGGGGACUAUCAAUCAGCGUGAACGGCAUAGGUAGGAGCUUAGGGUUUAAAUAGGGGACAUAACUCCUUCCACAAAUUCAGGCCUUAUGGCCUUUCUACAUCUAUAAUGUCAUACUAAGUGUGUGGUUGUGUGGUUUUUUUUUAAAUAUUUUUUUUUUUUUUUAGGUUUUAAUAUAAAAAUACUUAUUAAAUUACACACGUGUGUGUGUGUGUGUGUGUGUAUAUAUAUAUAUAUAUAUAUAUAUAUAAUGUGUAAUUUUAUUCUAACUGUAUUUUGAUAUUAAUUAUAUCAAAACACACUGAGCAUGAAAAUAUAUAUUCUCUAUGAAUAAAAAUAUGAAAUAUAUCAUACAAAAUUUCAUAAAUAUAUACGUAGACUAUAUAUUUAAAUUCUACGUGCAUAUUUAUGUAAUAUUUUUUUACAUAAUCUAGUAAUUUUAUUAACUGCAAUUUGAGGGACCUGCCUGACAACACAGGCAGAAAGUCCAGAGAAUUAAAUUUGCUAGCGCUGUAUUUAAUCCUGUAACUUUAUUAUUUUUUUUUUAUUUUUUUUGCCACCCUAAAAACUGUACAUGGGGAGUACUGUUUUACUCUGGAGACACAUAUUAGUGUUUCAAAGCAGUAAAACAGAUCAGUAAUGUUAUUGUCAGUGAAAGUGACUUUUUUUGCAUUUCUUUACACACAGACAGCACUUUCCCUGAUGAUAUUGUUGUGAUUAGAGAUGUCGCUGCCUUCAACAUGGAUGCUGUCCAGGAAGUGGGAGGGAGGGUCUGCUGGAGAUUGGCCGUGAUGUGUCAGCUGACCGGAGUUCGCCGCGAACGGUUCGUGGCGAACCGUUCGCGAGAAGUUCGCAGACGGCUUGCGACAUCUCUAGUUGUGAUACGUUUUACUGUUUUGAAACAAUAAUAUUUGUGUUCAGCGAAGUCUCCCGAGUAUAACAGGACUCCCUAUGUACAGGUUUUAUAGUGGUUUUUGAAAGUUGCAGGGUGAAAUAUAAGGGUCACAUUGAAAAUUGCCAGAGCGUAUGGUAGCCCAGGAAUGAGAAUUAACCCCCAUGAUGGCAUACCAUUUGCAAAAGAAGACAACCCAACGUAUUGCAAAUGGGGUAUGUUCAGUCUUUUUGAGGUGGGAUUCAGAGAUUUAUGACAGAUAACCGUAUUACAAUUCACUACUGAUUUUAAAAAUAUAUAUAUUUUGAAACCGAAAUAUCCUACUUGUACUUAUAGCACUAUAACUUGUUAAAAAGUAUAUAAACACGGGGUGUUUUUAAACUCCAGACAAAAUUUUUAAAUCUGUUUUAGCAGUUUUUUUUUCCAUUAGAUUUUGAAGAUAAGCAAAAUAUUUUUCUUCAAUUUUUCACAAUUUUUUUUUUUUUUUUUUUAAAGUAAAUUAUGACAUGAUACAAAUAAUGGUAUGUGAAAAAAAACUAUAUAUAAUUUGUAUAUGAGAGAUAGAUAUAUUACAGCUAAACACAACAAAAGUGUUAAAACAGCCAUGUUCCUUAAGGUACAACAUGGCCAAAACAGUCUUGAAGGGGCAAAAGUGGGUGUUUUUUUUGUUUUUGUUUUUGUUUUUUAAUUUUUUUUUUAUUUUGUUUGUUUUUUGUGAUUGCUGAAUGACUUUUUAAAAAUGAUGGAAAUGUAAGACUCACUCUGACUCUUCAUUGGCUGCUAGAAAUCUGCAGCAACUUCAUGGACAGGAAAUCGUUAUUUCUCAGCCAAUCCCUUUUCUCCUACUGUUCUCCACCUAGGUGCAAUGCCUAUUCUAUAAAACCAUGUGCAGCAUGGGUUUUUAAGGUAAAGGUAGGUUUUCCCUAGUACAGACCUGUAUUUUGCUCAGGAAUUUAGUUUUUGUGGUGGUUCUAAUUGCAUGGCUAUCAUUUCAUAUCUCAUUUACAUGGACAAGGUAGUUUGUAGUCACACUGUACUGUGUGCAAAGGUCUUAAAAUUUCCAAAGCAUGUUUUUUGUUCAUCCUCCGAUGAUCCACUUUGUUUUGUCUUUCUUUCUGAGAUGCCAACUGGCAGGGUUAUUUACUAAGGUGAAAAUUCAUAGUGACUUUUAAGUUUAAGGCCAGAGUAACUGAAAACGUAGCUUACUUGGAGAAUGUUUCCAGUUUUUGGCUAUUUUGACACUAAGUUUGAAAUUCACUUUGAAUUGUAACUUUAAUGGAUAGCAUUGAAAGUAUCAACAAACUCCCUGUAAUCAUAGAGAAUAGUAAUGAUUUGAAUCUGAGACAUUUUCUUAGCUGGGCUCACAUUUUUGCAAAGUUUGGUCCAAUGUGGUAUCGCUCUGAAACUCUCUUUAUAGACCUGAGAGCAGAGGUAGGCCGCGUUCAACACUCCAGAGGUUUUUGUCUAAAUCUCCCAUGAAGCUUUGCCUGCAUUUUGACCGUAAGAGCAUUAAAGGUGAUGUAGUCCACAACAUCUGCUCUGCCGAAGGUUGCCCUCCCCUGUUGAAAUCCACGUCACAUGACACACUCAUUUUAAACUUUUAAAAAGUCCAGUCUCUGGAAGUUGACCAGUGCUGGCAAAUAUUUGUGUGCGGAUGAUGUGGAACUGUUUAAAUUUCGUUGUGUGCUGGUUUCUAGCUACUGUGGUCAUAUGUAAGUUGCUUGUCAGGAAAUACUUGGGAGCUAUAUCUCUUGGUACAUCUUGUGUAUGGUAGUACACCGUAAAUGUUUGCAGAUGCCUUUUUGUUUUCUGAUUUGUGAUCUAUAUUUUGCUCCUAUAUAUUUUUUUUUGUUUUCAAGGAAUGGUGCACAUACAGAUCAUGGCAUGAAAUUAGUACAGGAUUGACACUGCAUGUUGUACAUUCAGGUUGCCAUUGUUACAAGUAUUUCUUAUCCAUAUGCACGAUUUGUCAGCAUUGUUAACAUGGAGUAUAACAUAUUUUGUUUGUUACAUACACCUUGGUGGAUGGUUAGCAGGGGUAACAUUCCGUGCAGUAUACAUCUGACAUCGGUCAAGCACCUUUUGGUCUGGAUUUUGUAGUUUGUGAUUCAUGUUUGGUGGCACCAUGAUGGGGUUAGGGGUUUGCUAAACAUGUAAUUGGGGUAGUUAGAUGAUAUUUGAGCAGGGAAACUGGGGAACAUGUGGGUUUAUGCUAUGCUGUGUUGUGUAAAAUAUUCAUCUGUGCUCUCUUCUACCCAGUGUGGGUGCCUUUGCCUUCUAAUGCAUAGUUAGGUCAUUGGUCUUGUCAUUAGUGCGGUAAGUUAGCCAACUGUGCCACAGUUUCUUGUUUUGCUGCACCAACCCCCUCACCCUCAGAGACAUCUGCUUAUAAAGGCAUGUGCUGUCUAACCUCUUUGAAAUCUCCAGGGACGUGAUUGUAUUGCUUUUCCAGUGGGAGGCUACAACAGUUUUUUUCAGCAGUUAGCAUAUUAAUAAUAAGUGCGGAUUAAGGUUCAUGGUAAGCAGCAUGUGAAGUAGGUAUUCCUCAGGUGUCAGCGGGAGAGAGGGAUGUGAUAGAGAAAUUAGGUUGUUGCACAUUUGACCAAAGGGGUGUGAGUUUUUGACAAUCGCAGAAUACAUGCAUCAUUGUACCCUGCAAGCUCCCACAUCUCCAGCAUGCUGGGUAUACUGUGUUGUAGAUCUUCGCCGGUUUGUGAGGUACCAGGUACCAACGCAUAGUAAUUUUACUGUAUGCCUUCCAUAGGGAAAGGCUUGUAGAAGAUUUCCUGGUUAUGGUGAUUGCCUCGUGCCAUUGCCGUAGGGUAAAUUCUUUACCCAUGUCUUUUUUUUUUUUUUUUUUUCGUUGUGUAAUACAUGUGAGCUUGUGUAAUGCGUUAUCUUCCCAUAGUGCACUGUAGCAUAGGGACAUGUUUUAUGGAACGGGAGGUCCAUAUGUGGCACAGAGAUCAUGUUGUGGUGUGCACCUGUCCCUGGGACUGUGACUCUGUAAGAUAUUCUUGACUCUCAGGUAGAGGAGCAGAUGUUGGGGAGAAAUCCUCCUGCAAGCUCGGAAACCUUUUUCAAAACAUCUCUGCUAUAGAGGUCUCCUACAUUCGUGAUUCCCCUCUCCUCCAUGCUUGAGUGGUUAGGUUGGGAGCGUAGGCUUGUAAAGCUGUGAUAGGGGCUAGUCUGAACAGUGCCUUGAGAUUGAAUAUCACUGGGGCCCAGGACUUCCAGGAUUUCAAAAGUGUGCUUGUACUCGUUAGUCGGUUUAUCAGUGGAAAUUGGGGUGAUCGUCCAUAGGGCAUGGGUUAUCUUGAGGAAAGAGACAUGCAUUCUCAAAGGUGCGCCAGAUAGGGUCAGGAUCCCCGCUAGAGGAUCUUAGUAGUCUAAGGCCUUGUGCUAGUAAGGCCGCUCGGUAGUAGUACUGAAUGUCUGGUAAACCCAGGCCUCCUUUGUUGUAGUGGAGACCCAAAUGCAGAUAUUAAUCACAGUGGAAGUUUGAAACCAUUCAGCUAUGGAUUCAGCAGAGUGUUGGCGACCUUUACGCACCAUGCGCCUCAGCACUCAGUGACCCCGCACAGUGACCUUUACGUGGUCUACAGCUUCGAGUUGCUGCUGUUCCUAAUGCGUCCUCUUUCCAAUAAUGCCACUUACAGUUGGAUGUGAAAUAUCUAGCAGGGAUAAAAAAAUCACAAACUGACUUUUUUGCAAAAGGUUGUAUUUUAUCACCGUACCACGCUUGAAUUCAGACUUUUUCAGAACCCAUUUUUCUUCACAAAUGUUUUUAAAUACAGACCGUAUGGCUAGGUGCUUGAGGUUUUAGAAACGUGUGGCAAUGGGUCUGGUUGAAACUCAUGAAUUCAAUAAUUUUUAUUUUUAAUUCUUUAUUUUUGACAGUGCAGCAUGGAGUAUACAAAUUGCAGCGGUAUGCACAGAUAUAUUUCCGUAGUAGACAAUUGGUAAGCAUAAAAGGUCAUGCAUACUGCACUGUUGUUUUUAAUUUAAAGGCGAAUUAUACAUGGAGUACAUCAAUUAUAUGGCAUUCCCAGCCUAUAUGGCAACGUCUAACAAGUGUUGUCGUGUACUGCAUGUGUCUGAUCAAAGAAGAGGGAAAAAAAAAAAAAAUUGGCAAGAGGACGUCUCGUAGGUAGGCUAGGCUUGCAAAAGAGUAUAUGGUAGGUGUAUGAGUUUUGAGUCGAGAGUAGUAAAGUAAAAGUAACGUAAAAUAAAAACCGUGUAUGAGUGGGUACCUCAAGUGUUGUCCCCAGGGUACUUAAGUAUUGUCGUAUCAGUGGGUCUUGUGUAUCCCUGUCGGGAGUUACCUCUCCGGUAUCGGUAGUAAGUCUCGGUCUGUGUCUCUCUGGGGUAUCGAGGCCCGGGGAGGAGGGGGGAGAGGCAGGGGUCUUGCCCAUGUCCAUGAAUCCUAAGACUAAUGUACCAGAGGGAGUACCCCUUUUAUGUAAGUUGUCAGUGUCAGCCUAAAUAUAUGAGAUGUUGCGAAGGCGAUAAUAAAUAAUCAACCAAACAUAAAUAUAGAAUACUGAAUUAUUAAACCGAAGCGUUUUGGGAACAGAGAGAGCGUUCAGCCAGAAUUAUAGAUCAUAGGUCCGAGUGGUCAUCGGUGGUGGUGUUAGAAGGAGCCCGGACAUCCAUCAGGUGAACUGAGGGUGGCUUCUCGCAGAGUAGUCCUCAGGUCAGUCUCUCCUGUCCUGGGCGUCGCCCCGUGCGGGGGGUGAAUUCUUUGAUGGCAGAGGGGUCAAUGUGUGCCAAUCCCAAGCCGGCCUCUCUCUGCGGACCCGCGAUGCCAAUCUUGUGCAGGUGAGCUUCUAGUUCCGUAUAGCUCCGGGCCCUAUAGGCAACAUUCAUGUGAGUGAAUAGAAGCUGCUUAGGGAUUCCCCAGCGGUACUGGAUGUCCUUUGCUUGGAGGAUCUGCAGCAGUGGUCUCAGUGACCUGCGCCAUGCGAUGGUGUUGCGGGUGAGAUCUGGGAACAGAGUUAGGGAUGAGCCCUCGAAGUGUAUUGGGGUCUUCCCCUUUGUGGCCGUGAGCAGCAGGGCCUUAUCUGACAAUGACUGAAAUCGUAUGAUAAGGUCGGCGGAGGCUGUCGUAGGCGCUGCAGUUGGUCUUGGUAGGCGGAAUAGGCCGUCCAGUUUCGCUGCUUUAGCCUGCUUGGGUGGCAGCAAUGUGUUAAGCAGUCUGCGGACAUAGUGGGGUAAGUCAGUCAGACCUAUCGAGUCUGGGAUGCCUCGGAUUUUAAGGUUGUAGCGCCUUUUCUAGUCCUCCAUGGCGUCCAAUCUGUCGGUGGUAGUCAGCUGCUGCUUUGGCAUUUCUGCAAUCUGGUUUUCCACCACGGUUAGCCUGGAGUCUUGGGUACUAGUUGCGGCCUCCAGAAGAGUGAUCCGAGAGGUGGCGCUAUGAAGUGGGCCAUGUCUGCCGCUAUAUUCGCCCUGAGUUCAGCUAGCAUGUCUUUCAGCUGGGCAGCUGUUACGGGUUCGGCUGGGGCUGGAUGUUUGGCCGUGGGUCUUAUGGGUAUCUCCUCUCCUAUGUCGAGUAGGUUGCCUUCCGAGGAGUAAGAGGAGUCAUCUCCCUCCGGCGCCAUUUUGUCCAAUGUGGCCCUUUGGGCGCCCCUCAGGAGUUCCCCGAUAUCCCGGCUUGUUGGGGUCCGAUCGCCCUUGGAUUUUUUGGUUUUCUGUCCCAUUCUCCUUUCCCCUCCACUGGUGACAGGUUUUGGCUUCCGAGACGUCCGAUAUUUCGGUAUAUUUUGUUAUAUAAGUGAGCUAGGCUCGGAGCUCGAGGAAAACGCGUCCUCUCUGAUCCACAGUUGGCUCCGCCCCCCAUGAAUUCAGUAAUUAAUAGGUGUCCCAAUACUUGCAUGGCAAGCAUGGCAUAUGUAUUGGGGAUAUUUUCUUUAAAGGACCACUCUAGGCACCCAGACCACUUCAGCUUAAUGAAGUGGUCUGGGUGCCAGGUCCUUCUAGGGUUAACCCAUUUUUUCAUAAUUAUAGCAGUUUCAGAGAAACUGCUAUAAUUAUGAAUGGAUUAAGCCUUCCCCCUAAUCCUCUAGUGGCUGUCUCAUUGACAGCCACUAGAGGCGCUUGCGUGCUUCUCACUGUGAUUUUCACAGUGAGAGCACGCCAGCGUCCAUAGGAAAACAUUGUAAAUGCUUUCCUAUGCGACGGCUGAAUGCGCGCGCAGCGCUUGCCGCGCGUGCACAUUCAGCCCAGGAGGAGGAACGGAGGAGGAGAGAAGGAGGAGAGCUCCCCGCCCAGCGCUGGAAAAAGGUACGUUUUUACCCCUUUCCCCUUCCAGAGCCGGGCGGGAGGGGGUCCCUGAGGGUGGGGGCACCCUCAGGGCACUAUAGUGCCAGGAAAACUAGUAUGUUUUCCUGGCACUAUAGUGGUCCUUUAAAUGUAUUGUUUGGCAAGUCUCCAACCUGUUCAGAAAACACCCAUCCCUGGGAGAAAUGUAAUAAUGGCUCUAUACCAGUGAUCGACAAAUCUCUGGCACCAUGUGGUCAUGGCGACUAGAAACAUUUUUUUUUUUUUUUUUUUUAAUCCUGGUGUUUGUCAGCCCGUUCAGCGGAAGCAGCAGUUUAUGCUUUGCUCCCUCCCUCAAUCCAGCCUUGGCAUAAUUAAACCGUGUGCAAGGGAGCAAAGCAAGAAAAGCUUAAAGAUUACUUUAGCCCCACUGGACCCCAGGGAAAGAAUCCACUCCAGCUCUCCCAAAGGUAGGGAGGCUCGGUGGACUUAAAUUAAAAUAAAAAAAUAACAAUUUGUGAGUGUAUGAGAGUGUCUGUCUGUCUGUCUGUCUGUCUGUCUGUCUGUCUAUUUAGGUUACCAGUCCCGUCCGAUUGCAUGGGAAAGGUGUUUUUACCUACUUUUUUUUUUUUAUUUUUUAUUUUUCACGCCUUGCCAGUCUCACCCUGACUGGUCCUCCCUCUGUGGCUUAGAUAUUGUUUGGUGGUCUCAGCCAAGCCAAUGCCUUCUAAAAGGUAAGCAUAGGUAGGCUAUUACGCAUGUAUGGCAAAAUGCCAUGCUGCCCCAAUCAGCAUCUCCUCAUAAAUAUGCAAUGACUCAAUGCAUCUCUAUUGGGAACAGUCAGUGCCUUCAUGCAGACCCUGUGCGGCACUGGACUAUGAAUCACCCCUAGUGGCCACCUGAGUGACUGUCAAUAGAGGUGUUACUAGGCAGCAAUGUAAACACUACCUUUUCUCGGAAAAGCUAGUGUUUAUAUCCUGUCCCUGUAGGCUUUUCAAUGUAGACACCAGAACCACUUUAUUAAGUUGUAGUGGUUCUGGUGACUACAGUGCCCCUUUAAGAAUUGUAUUUUUGUUGUUGUAAAUUAAACUUUGUUAGUUUAACAAAAAAAAAAAAAACUUGCUCCUAGAUUCAAAGCAAAUUUGUCAAGCCUUGUUCCAAGCUAGGUGGAUUUGUUCCCAAACUAGCUGGCUAAUACUCUGCACACAUCCACAUACACCACUUGUGUGUCAGAGUGCUAUCUGUAAUAUACCGUCAGUUUGGCAGAAGGCCGUGUCUUGAUUAUGUAAUAAAAGGAACAGGCGAUCCAAACCUUUUGUGGGUGUGGUGUGUUGUGUGUUUUGUGUUUUUUUUUUUUUUUUUCUUCUUCUUCUUUCUUUGUCUCUUCAAAUUGGCACACUAUCCUGCUUGUUUAUGGCAAGGGAGCUGGAAUGACUCCUCUCCUUUAUGACUAUUGCGUCAUUAACAUGCUGUCACCUGUGUUGGCUUCCCUUCCUUUUCUGGUCUCCUUCUCAAAGAUGAAACCUACAUAUCCUUUAGUAUGAGAAGCCAAAUGAAAUUUAAAAUUCUAUUAAAAAAGAACAGUUCAAUAAUGUAUACAAUUUUUAAUCUUAAUGUUGAACUUUGGUUGUCAGUUGACAAUAAUCCACUACUUUUAAAGGGAAAUUAUAGGCACCCAAACAAGUUUUUAAGCUUUAAUGAAGAAGUUUUGGUGUAUAGAUCGGGCCAGUGUAGUCUCACUGCCAUUUAGGAAUUAAAUAACUUUGUUUAUGCAGCCCUAGUCAAACCUCCCUGCAUGUGACUUGCACAGCCUUCCUAAACACUUCCUAUAGAGUCAUGUAAUGUUUACACUUCCUUUAUUGCACAGUCUGUAUAAUUACCAGUUUUUACUAAUUUCAUGACGUAAAGUCGUGAUUUUAUUAAAGACACAGAGGCGAGUAUUAUGCUUAAUCUUUCCUUAAUUCUCAGCAGCAAAGAAAGGAUACUGUCAUAUUCAUAGAAAAAACUUUAACAUAAACCCUCAAAGGGCUAACCCAUAAGAAUGCUCUCUGUAUUAUAAACCCUGUAUUAUAAAUGUGACCUAAGCCACUCCUCUUUCUUGUUGAUGCCAGCGAAAAACUCAGUUCAAGAAAACUUAUGAUCAACGUGGAACAGAAACCGCAACUCCUUAGGUAGAUGAACUGGAACUCCAUGGGGGAACUCCGUUAAACCAUGAAAAAAAAAACAACAAUGCACAACGGUGCCAAAUCCAAUUUUUAUUAGGCUGAAAGGGCAGAGAAACAACUGGUAAAAUAUUUUUUUUUUGGACCACAAAAAUACAUCCAUAAUACGUCAUUAAAUAGAGUAAUAACUCCAAAGUACUCAGAAUCGUAACUUACAAGAAUGCUCAACAAGUGCAUACCCCGUAGUAUCAGAAUUUAAUUCACAAAUAAAAAAAACAUAUGAGGGAGGGCGCCAACAUACCUGCACCAGGUGGGAUAAUAUUUGCCUCCGUGCCUUUAAUAAAAUCAUGACUUAUCAUCAUGAAAUAUGUAACAUCUGGUAAUUUUAUUAAAGGACACGCAGGCUCAUUUUAUGCUAGUUCAAAGCUGUGAAACACCACAUCAGAAAAAUGAGAAACUGGAUGAAAAUAAAAUUCUCAAAGUGGAUUCACGGAACCAAUCCGCAGCCCGGAGGAGAUCUUCCAAUCUGUAUCCAUUGCUGAAAGCUCUAGAUGCCAUGUCUCCCCUGACAGAAUGUGCCCCAUACACAAUGAAGUGUUGAUGCCAUCCAACAUCAUGAUCCAUUUGACCCAAAGAGAUAAGGUGACUGUAGAAACAGGAUGAGGAGGUUGUUGAAGUGCCAAGAAUAAUUCCUGGCGCGCCGGUUCAUGAUUUUAGAGAAGUCCUAGAUUCGUAUUCCUUGAGACUGUAAAUUUUUCCUCCUGUCGCGAUAUGACCGCAGCGCAAGCCCCAACCAAGGAUGCUUGCAUCCAACUCCACUACGAUUCCGGGAUGGUCCCGAAGAUUGUAGUAAAGUGGGCCUGGGAAGAUGGCCUGGAUCAAGGCUGAGAGAAGGCCGAUGAUCCUGGCCAGUUGUCGCAGUGUAAGCACCGUGCCAGUGUCUGACCGAUUUCCUUCCUGAUGGUCUUUAUCUUGGAUGGUGGUGGGAGUGCCCCUUCCACUGAAUUGAUGGUGAAACCCAGGUAUUCUAAGGACUGAGAGGGUUCUAUGACCGACUUGUCCCAGUUGAUGAGGAAGCCAAGGUUGCAAAGUAAAGUCCUCGUCCAAGCUAAAUGUUGGUGGAGUAAGAGUGGGUCUUGUGCCAUCACAAGUAUAUAAUCAGAUGAAUCCCUCUGCUUUGCACGAGGGCCACCACGGGUCUCAUGAGCUUUGUGAAGCACCAAGGGGAUGAUGAUGAUGAUGAUGAUGAGACCGAAGGGCAAGCAUUGGAAAUGCCACAUGGUCAUCUCACACCGGAAUUGCAGAAAUUUUGGCCAUUGGCACAGUGAGGUAAGCGUCCUGAAGGUUGAGCUUGACUAUCCAAUCCCCUAGUAGGAGUGAGUCUCGGAGGGAGUGAAUACCUUCCAGCAAGUCUGCGGGAGUACCAACCGUCAAGGCAGUAAGAAUAUUUUCGCACUGAGUCAGAGGACGUCCAGUACUUUGUCUUGGUAGGGAAAAAUCUAGGCCUUUCUUGGCCUUCCACCCAGACUUGCUCAUAAAUUGUGCCAUCUUGGGGUCCACGUCUGGUGUGGCAUAAGUCUGGAACCGUGGGCAUUCCACCCUUAGUUUGUUCCUUGCUAUUUUAUCAAGUGGUUUCCUGAUACGUGCGGCGAUAUAUUUCGCCACGUGGUCCAGUGGGAACCACUCUGAAGAUCUCUGAUACUGCAUCCAGAUCAAAAAUUGGUUCACUCUGGGUAAGAAGGAUGGUGGAGUCAUCCACAUCAUCCUUAGGUUCAUUCUAACAUGGAUAACUGACCAUGGUCAAGAAAGAAUUUACCUGAAUUGAAAGGCUUGGAGCGAGUCCCCAUCGUUGGACUCGCUCCAAGCCUCCUCUUCAUCUGACUCUGAUUUGGAUGAUGCUAUUAGGGCUUUUGCCCUUUUCCAAUUCCUUGCCGAUUUUUGCCCGGUGGUUGGCUCUUAGUUGUGGUGCGACCACAUCAUCUUUGACAGGAGGUUCCCUGUCCAAUUUUGUACAAUUUUUAGAGGCGUCCACGUCUAAGUGGCAAGAUUUUUUUUGGGCGGCUUUUUGCCCACCUGUCAUAGCCGGUUUAUUCUCCGGUGGUUCAGAGAGAUGUGGACAUAAGGGCAUGGCUGAUAGUGGGACAAGGUGUCCGACAUGGCCCCCAUAGCAGAAUAAAAAUGAGUCCCCGACUUGGCCUUUGUAGCAUCCAGGAGGGAAUUAAGCUCUGCAGAGUUCAAUUGCUCAUGUGAUGCUUCAUCAGUAUUAGGCAAGCUAGGGGGUCUGGGCACAACCUGGGGCGUAGGGUGCCUAGUGGUACUACCAGAAGCACCAUUAGUGGCAGCUCCCAAGUCAUUCUCUUACUGCAUAAUAACUAAGGA